UUCUAUUCUUCACCACAUUCCUUCUCUUCUCUUCUCUUCUCUUGCCUUGGAUCUCAAAUAUUUCUCCCAAGUCCACUGCCUUUGUAACUCACGUUCGCUUCAGUUUCAUCUAUGAUGAUACCCAUCAUCCACCGCAAACCUGCAUUUCUCAACUGAUCGGUCAGAUCGGCGCCAUGACCUCUCCUACGAACAUUGUCGAUCUUGAAAUCGAAAUCCUCGCCGACAUCUUUGCCUACGUCGAUGAUGUAUCGCCAAAGACCACCCGAGCCAUCGUCCUAGUCAAUCAGUAUUUCAACAACGCAGUCCACCUUGUGAAAUACCGUCACAGAACACUCAAGUGGUGCCAUGAUCGAGAGACAUUCGUCGAUCCUUGUGGUCGACGAUUGAAAAAUCUGAAAUCUCCAGCUGCACUUUGUGGUCUACGCCAUUUGACCAUUGUAAAGGGACAGGAGACGUCUGCAGCGAAUGGAGCCACUGCAUUGAGAGCGGUUGCCCAGCUGCGGGACCUGUUGUGUCAGGCUAGCAACCUCAAGUCUCUAACCUGGCUGGACGCCUAUCCACCACCAAGCAAAGUAACGAGAGUCCUUGGAGAACAACACCCUCAAUGCCAACUUAGGGUUCAUUACAAUCGGAGACCGUACAGCACCCAAAUCCCAUCGAAUGCAGAAUUGGCACUGGCAGGCUCUACGUGUCUAACGACAUUCGUGAUGGACAUUCCGCGCGGCUCGCAUUCCGCGGAAUCAUAUCAACGGGCGUUUGUGACUAUCAUCAAUAGAGCACCAAACCUUAAACAUGCGUCCUUGACGUCCUUCGGCAUCAGUGCUCCACAGAUUCGGCAGUGGAUAUCAACAUGGCCAGAAUCGAAGCCCAACACUGUCCUUCGUCAUUUCUCCUUAGAUGGCUGGCCAGUUGCUGCGCAAACACUAGACUAUUGGUCACGCUUCAUGGACCUCACGCUCCUCGAAACCUUCAAGUGCACCAGAGGUCCAUUGUCCGCAUCCUAUUUUGCAAAGGCUGCAGACGUGCUGAGGAGCUUAAAACAUGUCAGCCUCAAUUUGAGCCCUUGGAGCUGCGAUGCAGCGACUGCGCAAGCCGUCGACCACUACAUUGCCACUUGUAACCCUUUGCAGACCUUGAGUCUGUGGUCAUGGAGGGGAAAAGUCUCACUGUUUACCAUCCUACAACAUGGUCCUACCUUACGAGACCUGCAAUUGCAUAUGCGCGAGGAAGAGAUGAAUGACGAUGGGGGCAGAGUCUUCUCUGUACACGACCUUCAGCUCAUCAGACGUACGUGCCCGAUGUUGAAGAGUCUCACCCUUGACAUAAACCGGGUCACAAGCGCGUUGAAGAUGGAGGACUACCAAGACACAAUGAAUGAACUCAGGUUGUUCAAUCUGGACAACCUCCAUGUCUAUCUUGACUGUGGCAUGGCUUAUAUGCAGAGCGCUCCCGGACCCUAUGACGACAUAGACCCUGACUCGGACAUGGAAGAUCUUGAUCUUGAGGAACUCGCCGGCGAACACGCCGUGCAACGACCUAAUGCUUGCGGAGGAACCUUUGAUCUCAACGACCUGUCUCCAAAGACGAUAGUGCGGGCGUUCCUCGACGGAGAAACAGAGCUCACGUUCCAUCCACCGUCCAUUACUAGAGACAUAGAGCGCUUUGUGGGCGGAGUCUGGAAACAUGUCUUCGGAGACCGCGUGACAGGCCCUCGACAACUCCACCUCAAAUUCGGCGAAUGGGAGCGAAAAGAAAUGCCUGUAGUGUUUCGACCGGACGGUGUUAUGCAGAAGGAUUUGAGGGUUUGGGCUCAAGCAAGACCUCAUGAUCGUGACGACAAGAAGGGCGAGUGCGAGAUUGAGUUUCAAUGCUGCCAGGGCAAGCACUGGAGAAAGUUCACCACGGAUUAUUGAGGACCUCAAAAAAGUGUUCAGUGCGGUGCGGGCGGUUUCCCGUCACAUCGAGCAGAAAGAACAGGGCAGUGGCUGACUGACGAUGAUAUGUUGAUUGUAUGAGCUGAAUGGAAUUGGGCGUCUUUUCAAAGCAUGGCGCAGGGAGACGAGGGGUCGUCUGUGGGCAUGAAACAUGGACAAUGCGUGGAGUGUGUCUAUUCAGACUAGCACAAUAGCGCCCUUUACUCAAAGAAGUGU